AUGGAGCCAAAUUCUGAUCCUCAGUUUGAAACAACAUCAGCUGAGAAAGUUGCAGGAAAUGAGGAUUUAGCAACAGAGAUUUUCAUUCAAUUAUCUGCAGCUUCUCUUGCUCCGUGUCUACGGGUAUCAAAGUUGUGGCUUUUGUUCAUCUCGAAUCAAACAUUUGUUUUGAGGCACACCCUCCUUUAUCCCCCGUUCUUUUCUGGCCUGUUUUUGAUCCCUAGACAAAACAUUCAGUGUUCCGAUGUUCAUUAUCUCUCACUGAACCAGGGAAAACCUGAUAAAUUUCCAUUUGUUACCUUUCUCAAUUCCAGAGGUUUCCAAAUCCUGCACUCUUGCAGUGGACUAUUACUAUGUCAAUUGGGGCUUUUAAAUUAUGUGUGCAAUCCCUCAACAUGUCAGUUAAGAGUCCUUCCUAGCUGCUCAUACAUGGAAAAUAAAUUCGCACUUAAUUUGUGUUUUGAUCCUCUCGCUUCACCUGAUUACAAGGUAGUUUGUGUGCAAAAGCUAGACAGUCAGCAGCCACUUCACCAAAUUGCUAUUUAUUCAUCCCAAACUCAGCGAUGGAAUCUCUCUCAGGAGCCUGUUUUUGCACCUAAUGAUGUAGCCUUCAAGGACGGCGUCUUCUGCAAUGGUGCAAUUCAUUGGUUGACAAGCACAUCAGGUGGAGUUUAUUAUGACUUGAAGACAGGGAUACUAAGAGAAAUGCCUCAGCCUCCAAGGCAAGAGGAGGAGUCACAAUACAAAUUUAAGUACUUUGGAAAAUCCCAAGGGUACUUGCUUUAUGUUAUUUCGCGCCCUCUACUAAACCAUUAUGAAGUAUUCAAAAUGAAGGAAGAUUAUUCUGGAUGGGACUUGAAGUUUCGAGUCAAUCUCAAUGUGCUAGUUGCUAAAAUUCCAACUAUGGCUAGGCACUUUGGAUUCCAUCCUUUGUUCUCAGAGUGUGAGUGUGACGUUCUGUGCAUUAAUCAUGCAGGGAGUGAUGAAGAUAUGGAAAUUGUGUUUUCAGUACCAGGUGAAGUUGUAUUUUUCAAUCUCAAGAAGAAAACUUUAACAAAAGUCCAAGAUCCAGUUUUCCGUCCAUGUGAUGUAACCAUAUGGUACAAAACCUAUUCAGUGUAUGAACAUUACGAGACGUUAUCUCUUGUUUGA